CCCCGGCCGGCUCGGCCCCUCAAGCCGCAGGCGCAGCGAUGGCGGAGGCUGUGGAGCGCACGGACGAGCUGGUGCGCGAGUACCUGCUCUUCCGUGGAUUCACGCACACGCUACGGCAGCUGGACGCGGAGAUCAAGGCGGACCGGGAGAAGGGGUUCCGGGUGGACAAGAUUGUGGACCAACUACAGCAGUUAAUGCAGGUGUAUGACUUGGCUGCGCUUCGAGAUUAUUGGAGCUACCUGGAGCGUAGACUCUUCAGCCGCUUGGAGGAUAUAUAUAGACCCACCAUCAAUAAGCUGAAAACCAGCCUGUUCCGCUUUUAUCUUGUCUACACAAUCCAGACAAACAGAAAUGACAAGGCUCAGGAGUUCUUUGCAAAGCAGGCCACAGAGCUUCAGAACCAGGCCGAGUGGAAGGAUUGGUUUGUCCUGCCCUUCUUGCCAUCCCCAGACACGAACCCCACCUUCGCUACCUACUUUUCUCGACAGUGGGCUGACACCUUCAUCGUGUCCCUGCACAACUUCCUGAGUGUCCUGUUUCAGUGCAUGCCAGUUCCUGUGAUCCUAAACUUUGAUGCAGAGUGCCAGAGGACCAACCAGGUUCAAGAAGAAAAUGAAAUUCUUCGUCAGAAGCUUUUUGCCUUGCAAGCUGAAAUUCACCGGCUGAAGAAGGAAGAGCAACAGCCCGAAGAGGAAGAGGCCUUGGUCCAACACAAAUUGCCUCCUUAUGUCUCCAGUAUGGACCGCCUGGGGGAUUCCGAGCUCGCCAUGGUGUGCAGCCAGAGGACUGCCUCCCUCUCCCAGUCACCGCGAGUAGGCUUCCUUUCCUCGCUGCUGCCUCAGAGCAAGAAGAGCCCCUCGAGGUUGUCACCUGCCCCAGGACCCCCUCCAGCUCAGAGCUCAUCCAAGAAAGAGUCCUUCAGCAGUCAGGCCGGCAAGGGAAAGGACCUGACAGCCGGGGCCAAGGAUGGGAAGAGCCUCCUCGGUGGAUCAAGCCCUGGGGAGUCAAGCUGGGCUCAGCAGCGGCAGCGGCGCCUGCAGGACCACGGCAAGGAGCGAAAGGAGCUGUUCACCACCACCUCCUCCCAGGGUGCAGAGAAGAAGCCGGAAGUGAGUGGCCCAGAAGCUGAGCCCUCCCUGGAUCUCCAUGUGGAGCCGGUGGAGCCCCUGACACGGGUGCCCACCGCCGGGCCCGAGGGAGCAGGAGGCCGCGCGGAGCAGCCCUUCAUUGUGCUGGGGCAGGAGGAGUACGGGGAGCACCACUCAUCCAUUAUGCACUGCAGAGUGGAUUGCUCAGGGAGGAGAGUCGCCAGCCUCGAUGUAGAUGGGGUCAUCAAAGUGUGGUCCUUCAACCCCAUCAUGCAGACCAAAGCGUCCUCUAUUUCCAAGUCACCGCUGCUCUCGCUGGAAUGGGCUACCAAGCGGGACAGGCUGCUCUUACUGGGCAGUGGUGUGGGAACAGUGCGUCUCUAUGACACAGAAGCCAAGAAGAAUCUCUGCGAGAUCAACAUCCAUGAUGACAUGCCCAGAAUCUUGUCUCUCGCGUGCAGCCCCAGCGGGGCCUCUUUCGUCUGCUCGGCCGCAGCUCCAAGCCUCACCUCGCAGGUGGACGCCUCGGCACCGGACAUCGGCAGCAAGGGCAUGAACCAGGUUCCCGGCAAGCUGCUGCUGUGGGACACGAAAACCAUGAAGCAGCAGCUCCAGUUCUCUGUGGACCCAGAGCCCAUUGCUAUCAACUGCACAGCCUUCAAUCACAACGGGAACCUGCUGGUCACGGGGGCAGCUGACGGCGUCAUCCGGCUGUUCGACAUGCAGCAGCACGAGUGCGCCAUGAGCUGGCGGGCCCACUGCGGGGAGGUCUACUCUGUGGACUUCAGCUGCGAUGAGAACGCCGUGUACAGCAUCGGCGAGGACGGCAAGUUCAUCCAGUGGAACAUCCACAAGAGCGGCCAGAAGGUGUCUGAGCACAGCCUCCCCUCGGAUGCCACGGGUCCCUUUGUGCUGUCCGGUUACAGCGGCUACAAGCAAGUGCAGGUUCCCAGGGGCCGGCUCUUCGCUUUCGACUCGGAGGGCAACUACAUGCUGACGUGCUCUGCCACGGGGGGCGUCAUCUACAAGCUGGGCGGUGACGAGAAGGUCCUGGAGAGCUGCCUCAGCCUGGGCGGCCACCGGGCGCCCGUGGUCACCGUGGACUGGAGCACCGCCAUGGACUGCGGGACCUGCCUCACCGCCUCCAUGGACGGCAAGGUCAAGCUGACCACCCUGCUCGCCCACAAGCUCUGACGGCCCGCCAAGGGGCCCUGGGACGGCACCGCCCCGGGCGACAGGACCGGGCAGGACGCCCCCUGCUGGCCCUGCCGGGGCAGCGCGUCUCCAGGGAAAGACUGCCGUGCCGACUGCGACGGGAGCCGGGGGCGCGUGGCACGCACUUCCAGAGAGCAGAAGCAAAGCUCAGGGGAGGGAGCGGCGGCGCCAGACACUGCGGGCCCGGGAGGGUGGCAGGAUUCCGUGUGCGCUUGCUUAUUGUCUUCUCUUCUGUGGACGAGCGUGCUGUCGCCAUGAGCUGGCGUCCCUUCGAGGACGCGUGUGUCCCCGCCCUGAGGCCGCAGGCUGCGGGCUUCCUGCCCCGCCAGCUCUCCCGGUCCCGUGCCCGGAGGUCCCCGGGCUCUGCCGGGGGAGGAUGCGGGCCACGGCGCGCUCUGGUUUCUGCCGGGCUCCGGCCAAGGCCCGAGGGUCCUGACUGCCCGAGAGCUGGUGGCCUUUGUGACAGAAGCCUCUCGGGAUGCGGCGGGGCCGAGGCCUCUGCGGCUGGCUGCGCCUCGCCGGCCGGCGCCUGUGUCCCCAGCGUCGCUCUCCGGGCGGCCCCCCUCUCUUGCUCUCGGCGUCCUUGGGGCCGAUCGGCUCCCGCUGCCUGCGCCCUCUGCUGGCCAGUGUUGAGAGCGAUGGCCAAGGCGGGCUGUGCCCACGCCCCCGCCUGGGGCCGGCACCCCUCCUCGACCAGCACCCUGAAGAGGCAGGUUCCCCACGGGCGGGAGCCACCGCCCUGUCCCGCCUGCGUUGCACAGCCGAAACGGCAGGCGCCAUGGGACUGGCGGGCCGGGGCCUGGGGUUCCCGUACUGGCCGGGUGAUCUCGUCGCUCACCCACACGGCCCCAGCUCCAGUGCCCGGGACAGUCAUUUAGAGCAGAGGGCUGGCGUGGGGCCGCUCCUGGGCACCUUCUCUGGGAGAACCACCGCGCUCCUAAGGCCGUGGCUCCCUGCCGCCCGGGCGGGGGAAGCGUCAGGAGGACGUGAGUAUGCGGAUGAGGUCUGAGCAGCGAACAGUUACCGUUUUCAACCAUUUCGGCCCUCAAGUGAAGAAAACCCAGUCGUCUUCCCUGGCCCCCAGCCCUCCCGGAAGUGGCCCUCUUCCGCUGUAGUGUGCAGAAUUCCACCUCCCUCGCGGCACCUGCUGGCCGUCCCCGCAAGGGCCCGAGCGGCUCCCUCCCCCGCUAUCCGGGGUAACAGGAUCGAGGCAGGCGAAACCUCGGUGCCCCCUCCAUCCCUGCCUGGUGCCGACCAGCCAGCCUGGCCGGCCCUCCGGCGAGAGCCUGGCGGAUGCAUUUCCCGUUCUGUCUCCCUCAGUCCCAAAUCCAGCCCGUUGGUGUGGGAUUCAGAUGCCCAGGGCUCAACACGAUGCCCGGAGGUACAGCAUACGCAGUGUGGACUGGCUCAGCCUAGUGAGUUGUGUUACCUCACACAACACAUAACGUUUUGUCAAUUUAAAAAAUGAAAAAGUGUUAAAAUCCGAAUGCUACAGGUAUUGGUUCUGGUAUAUAUAAAUGUCACAGCUUGGUCCCUUA